AUGCCCGAGACCCAAAUCUUAGAAGAAACCAAGAACAGCAGCAGCCACGAUGUCAACAACCAUGGUAUCAGCGUUGCUCAUUCAACCAAUCUCCAUAUCGAUCGUGCCAAAGAAGCCAAAGUCGUGAGAAAGCUGGACCUAUAUAUCACGCCCGUACUCUUCAUCGUCUAUCUCUCAUGCUUCAUCGAUAGAGCCAACAUCGGAAACGUCAAAGUCGCCGGUAUGCCCGAAGAAAUCGGCGCUACAAACCAGCAAUACCCCCCAGCCGUAUCCCUCUUCGUAACUUACGUGCCCGUCGAGGUCCCAGCUGUACUCCUCGUCAAACGCUUUGAACCCCGCUUCGUUCUCACAGUACUUUGCGUAAUCUGGUCCGUCACGACAGUAGCCAGUGGUCUAAUUCGGAAUGUCGGCGGCCUGUGCGCCUGUCGUUUGGUCCUCGGCGUCUGCGAAGGCAGUCUAUUCCCUUCUCUCAACAUAUACCUAACUAUGGUAUAUGAACGAGAUGAGAUCAAGAAGCGCACGUCCUACCUCGUCUCGUGCAUGGCAUUAUCCGGUGCCUUUGGUGGCCUGUUGGCAUACGGGUUAUUACAAAUGGACGGCGUUGGUGCAUACGCUGGCUGGAGAUGGAUGUGUCUGAUCAAGGGGGCGUUUGGUAUCACAUGCGCCUUUGCUGUAUGGUUCGAAUUGCCUAGCGAUGUCCGCAAAGCAUACUUCCUCAGUGAUGAGGAGCGAGUCAUCAUGGACAUGCGGCACCAGGCAUGUAACAGUGCUGUCAAAUAUUUUGCCUGCUUCGUCUGCACUAUCGCAGUGUACAACGGCACAGGGCUGAACCUGGCAUGGCUCAACGUCAAUACAGCACCACAAUAUCGGCGCGCCACGGCCAUUGAGAUGCAACAGACAGUCGGCAAUACUGCCGGUGCUGUGGCAGAUCAGAUAUACAGAAGUUCACCGUAUCUUCUUGUAAAAGUUUCUCGCUUGGUGCCAUAUUUGUCACCGAGUAUCUGA